GACCCCCGCCAGGUGAACAUGCUUAUCAUAAGAGGCAUGACAUUAGUAGUAUUGUUGGUACGUCUUGGUAUCAAGAAAGUAGAUGAUAUGACCCCACCACCAGGACUAAUCUCUUCGACGACAAGCACUGACAACAACUCCAACAAGAAAACUACGACCAAGAAGUGA